GGUAGUGUGGAGGGGAUGCUGCCCUGUUUUGCUUUGCGGGAAGGCAGCGAGCCUGCCAGGGAGAGAGCACUUGUCUCCCUGAAGUGUCUUUGCAAGCGCUGCCGCAUUUCCCCGGUGUGCAGGUCAGUCGGAGCAUCGCCCACCCGAAAGUUCAGUCCCGGCCCCUCACCCUUUGCCCCCAGCUCGGCCUGCCCUAGGGCUGCCCCAGCUUGGAGCCCCACGGGUGCAAGCGGGUCUGGGGACCGACAGGCUCAACCGGAGGAUAAUAGUGGGGGCUCGACCCCAAACAAGGGGCGCCGCAGGGUGCUCCCAACCCUGCCGGCCCCUCCGCCGCCUUCUUUACCUGCCCCCCCGCUCCGCUCUGGGAGUGGCGUGACCUUAAUCCGGAGCGACCUUGAGAGGCAGCGGCUGCGGGGCGUGCGGGGGCCGGGGGCGCCCCGCGGGGGCGGGGGGCCGGGGGCCGGGGGAGGGCUCGCUGCCCGGGCGCUGCCGAGGGGCGGGCAGCCCCGGCUCCGUGCGGCUGCUGGCGGUGGAGCACCGGCGGAGCGGAGCGGAGCGGCAACGGAGAGCGGCAGCUGCCAGCGUGGAGAAGGCAGAGCUAUGGCAUCGCUGCUGUGCAACGCCCGCAUCCAGCUCACAGACACGCUGGAGCAGAUGCAGCAGGGGACUCUGAUGCGCAAAGUCAAGUCCAAGAGCUGGAAGAAGCAGCGUUACUUCAAGCUGCAGGAAGACUGCAUGACCAUCUGGUACCAGUCCAAGAGGACAGGCAAAACUGAGUCUGCCUUCUCCAUCAGCGAUGUGGAGACGGUGCGGGAAGGGCACCAGUCGGAGGUGCUGCAGAGUGUGGCUGAGGAGUUCCCCCCUGAGCGCUGCUUCACCAUUGUCUUCUACGGCCGUCGCGGCAACCUGGACCUUGUUGCUGGCUCGGCAGAGGAGGCACAGUGCUGGGUACAGGGCCUGCGUCAGCUCAUCGAGGUGGCCACCACCAUGGACCAAAGGGAGAAGAUAGACCAAUGGAUUCGUGACUGGUUCCAGAAAGCUGACAAGAAUAAGGAUGGGCGCAUGAACUUCAAGGAGGUGCAGCGUCUCCUGAAGAUGAUGAACGUGGACAUGAACGAGGAUCAUGCCCUGCGGCUCUUCCAGGAUGCUGACAAGUCAGAGUCGGGGACGCUGGAAGGGGAGGAAUUUGUACUCUUCUACAAGGCUCUCACGCAGCGUGAGGAGGUGCUGAGCCUCUUCCAGGAAUACUCUGAGGAUGGAAAGAAGCUGACGCUGCUGGAGCUGGUGGAUUUCCUGCGGGAGGAGCAGCUGGAGGAUGAGGGCACAGAGGAGCUGGCCAUGGGGCUCAUUGACAAGUAUGAACCAUCGGAGACAGCCCGGGCUCGCCAUGUGCUGAGUGCUGAUGGGUUCCUCAUGUACCUCUGCUCCCUGGAGGGCUCCAUCUUCAACCCCCAGCACCGGGGGCUGUGGCAGGACAUGAGCCAGCCACUCUGCCACUACUUCAUCUCCUCCUCCCACAACACCUACCUGAUAGAGGAUCAGAUCCGGGGCCACAGCAGCAUCGAGGGCUACAUCAGGGCUCUGAAACGAGGCUGCCGGUGCCUGGAGGUGGAUUGCUGGGAUGGGCCAAAUGGGGAGCCCAUGGUGUACCACGGCCACACCUUCACCUCCAAGAUCCCCUUCCGGGAGGUGGUGAGCACCCUGGGGAAGUACGCCUUCAAGACCUCGGACUACCCGGUGAUCCUGUCCCUAGAGAACCAUUGCAGCAUGGAGCAGCAGGAGGUCCUGGCCCAGCAGCUCAAGGACAUCCUGGGGGAACAGCUCCUCACCACUACCAUCGAUCGGCACGUUCCCACCCAGCUCCCAUCCCCAGAGGAGCUGAAGCACAAGAUCUUGCUGAAGGGCAAGAAGAUUGGGCGGCUGGAGGACACCCUGGACGGGCCAGGGGAUGAGGCGCCUGAUGUGUCUGACGAUGACAAUGGGGCAGAGGCAGAGGAGGAGAGGCGGAGGGCAAAGAAGGACAAGGAGACCUUGGCACAAGCAUUGUCUGACUGUGUCAUCUACUGCAAGAAUGUGCCCUUCCGGGGCUUCCAGGAGGCCCGCAGCCAUUCCCGGCCCUCUGAGAUCUCCUCCCUCUCUGAAGCCAAGGCCAGGAAGCUCAUCCGGGAUGAAGGAAAUGAGUUUGUUCGCCACAAUGCCUGGCAGCUGACGCGCAUCUACCCCAGUGGGAUGAGGACUGACUCCUCCAACUACAGUCCCCAGGAGAUGUGGAACGUGGGGUGCCAGAUCGUGGCCUUGAACUUCCAGACAGCUGGCAUGGAGAUGGACCUGUGUGACGGGCUCUUCAGCCAGAACGGCUGCUGUGGCUACGUGCUCAAACCACCCUUCAUGAGGGACAAGGAGACUCUCUUCAACCCCAGUGACCCUAGCAGCCGGGAAGGCCCUGGCCCCAUCACCCUGACAAUCCAGGUAAUCAGCGGGCAGCAGCUGCCCAAAGUGGCCAACAGCAAGGAGGGAGCCAUCAUUGACCCACUGGUGCGUGUGGAGAUCUAUGGGGUCCCCGCGGACCAGGCGCACCAGGAGACCAAGUACAUCGAGAACAAUGGGUUCAACCCCCGCUGGGAUGAGACACUGCAGUUUCAGCUCCACGUGCCCGAGCUGGCCCUCGUUCGCUUUGUGGUGGAGGAUUAUGACAAGACUUCCAGGAAUGAUUUUGUGGGUCAGUUCACCCUAGCAUUUGCCAACAUCAAACCUGGAUAUCGGCACAUCCAUCUCCUCUCAAAGGAUGGCACCAGCAUCCCACCCUCUUCGCUCUUUGUCCACAUUCGCAUCACUGAGCCACCUGGCCCUGAGGAGGACUGAGCUCGUAGGGUGAGCAGCACCCAGAUGGAAGCCAUAGAGCCAGCUCCAAGCAGCUGGGGCCACAGAGCCAACCAACUUGCCCUCUUGUUGAGCUGUUUCUGUCAUCCCUGUGUCAUUGUUGCUGCUGUGAUUCCCUUUGCAGUAGCCUCCGAGGGCUGGGAAAAAGCACCUCUCCUUUCCAGGUUCAGGAUACUGCUGCCCAUGCAUGAGUGUGGGCUCUAUCCCAGUGCAGCUCCCUGCACCCUCCACAGGCACCCUGCCCUGGCCCACAGUCAGAGCAUGACUGUAGGGAGGAGGAGAGAUGGUGUGUGGCCCAGCUCUGCUGCAGGGGCUGGUCCCCUCCCAGUCAGGCAAGCAAGGCUGGAGCUGAGCAAACCCCAGGGCUGGGCACAGCUAGGAGUGGAGUUGGUCCUCACUACCCCCUAACCCUGCAGAGCCCCAUCACAUCCCUUGGCCCCUACAGCCUCAAAUUAACCCUUAUCCCAUCCUUUCUCUGUAAGCAACUUAAUAAAUUGUUCAGUGACAAACA